UUUCUUCUGCUUUGGCUUUGCUGUCUGUCUAUCCCCUCCCCCCCACACGCCGCACGGCCCCCGCCAAUCCUCCUCGCUUCCACGCUCCUAGGGUUUUUACCGCCGCCGGGCCUCCCCGAGCAUGUCGGCACCGCCAUCUCUCAAGCCCACGGCCACCGCCGGCUUCCUCGCCGCCCCACGGGUGCCCGCCGUCCUGAGAGCCGCCGCCCUCGGCGCCACCGCGCCUCCACCGCGGCGCCUCCGCUGCUCUGCAUCCACUGAGAUGAGUGCCCCCCUGGAUUGGGCGGUGAGGUCGGUGGAGGCGCUGGAGCAGGCCAAGGACUUGGACACGUUCUGCAUGAUGGCGCUGUCGCCGCUGGAUGGGCGAUAUUUCCGCUUUGUCAAGGACCUGAUGCCCUUCUUCAGCGAAUUCGGUCUCAUCAGAUAUCGCGUCCUAGUUGAGAUAAAAUGGCUGCUGAAACUUUCGCAAAUUCCUGAGAUCAAAGAGGUGCCACCGUUUAGUGAGGAUGCCCAGCUCUUCCUUGAUUCGAUUAUCCAUGAUUUUAGUAUUGAUGAUGCUAAGGAAGUGAAACGAAUUGAGAAAAUAACUAACCAUGAUGUGAAGGCUGUUGAGUACUAUCUGAAGCAGAAAUGCAGCUCAAAUACAGAGGUUGCAAAGGUUUUGGAAUUCUUCCAUUUUGGACGUACUUCUGAAGAUAUCAACAACUUAUCAUAUGCGUUGGCUCUAAAAGAGGGGGUAAACACAGUUAUGUCCCCUGCGAUGAUCAAUGUAUGCAGUGCAAUAUGUUCCUUGGCAACAGAAAAUGCACAUGUUCCUAUGUUGUCUAGAACUCACGGGCAGCCGGCAUCACCGACAACCCUGGGGAAAGAGAUGGCAAAUUUUGCCGCCAGAUUAUCUGAUAUUGGAAAGAGUUUUGCUGAGGUCAAUAUACUAGGGAAGUUUGCUGGUGCUGUUGGAAAUUACAACGCUGAUGUAGUUGCAUAUCCGGAAAUUGACUGGCCUAAGGUGACAGAAGAGUUUGUCAGAUCCUUAGGUUUGGAGUUCAAUCCUUAUGUUACUCAGAUUGAGCCCCAUGACUAUAUCUCAAAACUGUUCAAUCUAUUUGUCCAGUUCAACAUUGUCUUAACUGAUUUUGACAGAGACGUGUGGUCUUAUAUAUCAUUGGGCUACUUUAAGCAGAUACCAAAGGCUGGUGAAGUUGGAUCCUCCACCAUGCCCCACAAAAUCAAUCCUAUCGAUUUUGAAAAUAGUGAAGGCAAUUUUAGUGUGUCGAAUGGCACUUUACAUACUUUAAGCAUGAAGCUACCGAUAUCAAGGUUGCAGCGCGAUCUCACAGAUUCAACUGUUUUGAGAAACUUGGGAGUUGGAUUAGGACAUUCACUCUUGGCUUACAAGGCAACAAUGAAUGGAAUCAAGAAGCUCGAGGUGAACAAAGUCCGUUUGGAUGAAGACUUGGACCAAACAUGGGAGGUCCUUGCAGAGCCAAUACAGACAGUGAUGCGAAGGUAUGGGAUCCCUGAACCUUAUGAGAAAUUGAAGGAAAUGACUAGAGGUCAGGCUGUGACCAAAGACAGCAUACGACAAUUCAUUGAAGGUCUAGACCUACCGGAGGAGGCGCGAUCAAGCCUUUUGAAGUUAACACCACAUUCUUACACCGGAGAGGCAGAAAAACUGGCCAGAAAUAUUGUGAAUGUUGUUGAUCUUAGAUCUGGAUUUAAGAUCAAGUGAGCCUCCCUCCUGGUCUGGAGUAAACUGCCCAUUUUUGACAAGGACAGCAAUCAAGGAUUUUGAUGUUAGCACCAGAUUUUUACACUGGAGAGGCUCCAAAUAUUGUGGACGUGGUUGAUCUAAAAUCUGGUUUCAGUAGCAAGUGAGCCUCAAUCCUGAUCGGGGGUAAUCUGCCCACUUGUUUUUAACUAGGACAGUAAGAAUAACACGAGGAACUUCAAAGUGAACAUCGCAGAGUAGCUAAGAUUGCUAAUUUAUCUGGUCCUCAAUAAAAGGCUUAUGAGCAUGCUAUUUAUGGUAUUGUGCCAUUGGUUUUCACUUACAGCGGUGUUUCAUUGGGAAUCAGGGAUUCGUUUGAAUCAACCACCAUGAGAAAACAUGAGUAACUUCAAACUUUUGUUUGGCAAAGUUUGGAUUUGAACCAAAUGUAUCUUUAUGUCA